AAAGUAUUUUGAUGUGUCUGUGCACUUAUAUAUAUUAAGGGUGUCCAGGUCUACAAUCCCACAGGAGGAAAGCAUCCUUCCCAACCAACACCUUUCCUGAGCUUUCUGCCCCAGGAGGCUGACUUUCUACAAGCAUGAAGCCUACAAUAUGUUUCCUCCUCAUCUUCAUCUCCCUUCUCCAUCUGAUGACCUCAGUGAACACUCAGUCCUCCAAAGACUCAUCAGGGAAUAUAAAGAUCCGGAAAGCUCUCAGUGGUAAAGGUCACCACUGGGGGCCUAAGAAACUCUCCUGCCUUAGUGUCCAAAAAUCAGGCAGAUGGGCUUCCUGUCCUGAGGGGAUGGCUGUCACUGGUUGUGCUUGUGGCUAUGGUUGUGGAUCAUGGGAUGUCCAGAAUGGAAAUACUUGCCACUGCCAAUGCUCGGUCAUGGACUGGACCACCGCCCGCUGCUGCCAACUGGCCUGAGAAUGAGGAGACUGACAAUCCAGUUUUUAAAUUAUGACCAUAUUGAAACCAUGGUCUCAACCAGGAAACCUGACUCACUGUCUUCAUAAUGAAUACAUAUUACCCUAUAAUUCUUCCUGGGCAAUAAAGACAGAGAUGUACCUGUGCA